AUGCUCGCGGCCGCGCUUCUCCUCACAGCCGUCGCGGGCACGGCGGCCCAAACGACGAGCAUGGCGCCGCAGGACAUGUCGGCGAUAGGCAAGUGCUGGGGUUUCUGCCAGAACGUCCUCAACAACGACAACGGGAUCGAGCAGUGUCUUCCAAACGCGACAGCCCCGCUCAAGCAGUGCGUCGACUGCCUCGGCGCCAUCCCAAAUAUCGACCCCAAGCUGUACGGCCCGUUCCAGCAGGUCCUGCAGCAGUGCGAGAACGACGGCGGGUCAGGCCACGGUGGCGGGAUCGGUGCAGAACAGGGCACGCCGUCCGCUUCGACCCCCACGGUUUACAUCUCCACCUCCGUCACACCGAAUAACCCGCUCACGGGGGCUGUUGCCCCGAUCAGCAGCAGCUCGGGAUUCAUCACGGGGAGUACGGGCUCCGCCGCGCCGGCGACAACAUCGACGACCAAGGAGUAG